AGAUUUUAGUUCAUAAACCCUAAAAGAUUCUCAAAUCGUGUGUGUUCUCUCGGCCAUUGCUACCAGCUUCGACUUCAUUCUUAGCCGCCGUUCAAAUUGCUUCGCCGCCACCGAAGCCAAAAGAGUAGAGAAAAUGGUUGAAGAAGAAGCUAAGGGAGUAGAGAUAAUGGCCGGAGAAGAAGCUAAGGGUUUGGAUUACAUACCGGAGAUUAUACUGAAGAAGAGGAAGAACAGAGAUGAGCUUGCCUUUAUCAGGAAGAAGCAACUUGAGUUGGGCAAUUUCGGCAAGAAGAAGCACAAGAAAGUCUCUGAUAUCAAACGUCCUGAAGAUUUUGUCCUUGAGUUCAGGGCUAAGGAAAUAGAUCUUAUCAGGAUGAAGCAAAGGGUCAAGAGGCCAAAGUCAACUCCUCCACCAGUUAAAUCUAAUCUGGUUUUCAUCAUACGUAUACAAGGAGGCAAGAGUGAUAUGCACCCAAAGACCAAGAGGAUUCUUAACAAUCUACAACUGAGGAGCACCUUUACUGGUGUAUUUGCCAGAGCCACUGACAGUUUGUUCCAAAAGCUUCUCAAAGUGCAGCCUUAUGUCACUUAUGGAUACCCCAAUGAUAAGAGCGUCAAGGACCUCAUAUACAAAAAGGGAUACACAAUAAUAGAGGGCAAUCCUGUUCCUCUUACCGACAACAACAUUAUCGAACAGGCUCUAGGAGAACACAAAAUCUUUGGGAUAGAAGACCUUGUGAAUGAGAUAGCAAGGGUUGGUGAUCAUUUCAGAGAAGUGAUGAGAUUUUUGGGACCGUUGAAACUCAACAAGCCCACGGCUGGUGUUUUGAACAGGAAGAAGCAAGUAUUCAGCGAAGGAGGUGAUACUGGUAACCGCGAAGAUAAGAUCAAUGAUCUCAUCAACAAAUUGAAUUAGAUGCAGCAAUCCGUUGUAAUGGCUACCUAUAUUUUCCUUAAAAAGUUCUGUAUGAGACUAAAACCCGACCACUUUGACGAAACGCUAUUGCAAUUUUGAUUUAAAGGGACAUUCGCAAUUACAUAACCAUCGUUGACA